AUGUGCACAACAUACCAAACCCACUACACACGCUGUGAGCGCAAAGGGUACGGGCAUGGGCCCAAAGGCAAUCUUCCCUGCACAGACGAAUACAUCGAAGAAUGCAAAAAUGCACGAAAGACUGAUGAGACUUGUGCAGCGCCUGCUGUCAAAUGCCGAUGGAUUGAUUUUGAGUGCGGAAAACACGGAGGACCGAGUCCAUAUGAGCGAGAGAAAUUGAUUAGAGAGAGAAGGAGACAGGGGAAAAGGGAAGAGAAAUGGGUGAAGAAGGAAGAAGCUAGAAGUGAGUGUGAUGCGAUGUUGUGUACAAUACAGUAA